AUGACAGCGCGCAACCCUUGGCGCCCUGGUGACGGCCAAGCAUGCUUCGAUCACCUCCUUUGGAAGCAGCAAAGGGGACCUUUCAUCUCAUUCUUUACCAGCUGGAGAGCAGCUUUGGAAGGAUUGCCUUUGGUCUACGAUGCUCUCUCGAUUGCCCAGUCUUUACGCCUUGGACGCCUCCACCUGUUUCAAGACGAAGUGUUGGUCUACGGGGGAAUAUCCGCCGACAGCUACAGGAUUCGGGCUAUAUUCCAUGGCAACGAGAAGAUGGUAGAUGCCACACUCUCUGUUUAUGGGAUUGAUGUGACGGUCCAGAUGCCGGGAGGCUUUGUUGAUGAGGUCAGCACCAAGAUGCAUGUUGGUACGCAGCGUCUGCCUGAUGCUACCGAUGCGCUUCGAGACGAAAUAUACAUGUGCACCGGAACGCUGGAUGAUGAUAAAUUGUGUGGUCUGGCGUUGUCUAUGGGAGGCAUCGCACGCCGAUGGUGA